UUACUGCAUCUCAUUAUUUUUACUUAACAUAGUUAUUUCCAAAUAUUACUGAUUGUAUCUUAAAAUAUGUCAGAUAAUCUUUCAAAAUCGAAAUCAGAGGGAAAGACUGAAGCAGAGGGCUUAAGUUAUUUGUUUCGUAUAUCGGAUAUAGAUAUAGCAAUAAAUUCGGGAAGUGAUUUGACCCAACGCAUUCGAAAGGUUUUUGGCAUUCCUGAAAAAAUGACCGAAGCUAAGUUUGAGGUGUUGGUUAAGAAAAUAUGCAACUGUUGCCUGAAACACAUAAAAGAUUUGCACGAGCUGCAUAUAAAGAGAGGCAAAGCUUUGCAAAUGAUAAACGAAAUAAUUAUGAAAGCCCAGCCAAGUUACUUUCAGCCCCAUCACGUGGUUCAUCUUGUUUGGUCAAUGAUGAGUUGUAUCCACCAUUUCCAGUUGAGAUUUCGCACAGGGGCACUCACCAUAAUUACAAGAACUCGCAAGAAACAGGCAAUGGAAUGUAUGAAUUCUUACAGCGAACUGAUACGACUGUUUCCAAAAAGCACUCAUCGAGUCGUUUUAAACGCUUUAAUUAUAUUUUAUAAGGAAGGAAAGUUGUGGACAAUCGAAUUUCGUCUGACUGAGCUGAUUUGUGACCUUUUGUAUCUUUAUGACGAUAUUGAAGAGGCUUUAGAAGAUAUUUUAAGUACUGCUGAACAAACAUCGUUGACAUCAAACGUGGAAACCAGAAUGCUUAUAAAAGUCCUCUACGAGAUUUUGGGUUUAGUCAAAUGGAGUCACAUAUCUGAAAAUAUGAUUCGAAGGUUUCUAAUUAUAUUGAUAAAAAGUUUUAAUCCCAAACCAAAAUAUUUUUAUAAUUAUGGACCUAUGAAAAGCGGACUUACUAUUUGUAUUAGAAACAUUACCAAAAAUUUAAAUAACGAAGAUUUGAUGACAAUGUUAGUUAUCAUAAUAAAGACGAUAAGUCUUCAAGAGAUGGACGAUGAGACAACGCUAUGCUUGGGAAGCAUUGCCGAGUACGCAGCGUUGCGGUACGUAAGUACCACGUUCGUUCAAUCGUUCCCGGACGAUUUGAUAACAAACAUCUGGACCAUGCUGGAAUCUGAUAAUGCGAUUCAACAUCUCUUCGCCACAAGGAUUUUUCAGAAUCUGCUCGACAGGCAGAAUAACAAGAUGGAAUUCGAAAGGCCUAAAAUAUACUUUAAAGAUGCCCGUUAUAACAUCACUGUUGCCAGAUACAGUGCCAGAGACAAGACGUUUUAUAAAAAACACCGCUAUCAAAUUUUCAAGGUAUUGCUGCAAGGAUUAAAGCACCAUUAUACGAACAGGAUUAAUUUGGAAAAUAUUUAUGGAUUGAUGGCGGUUACUUGCGUAGAAAUACCUUGUUCAUAUGUCGCUUCGAGUAUGGUUUGCUUGGCCAUGAGCAUGCAAGAGUUUAUCUUGACCACUAACCAUGAGAACAUGGUUGCCUGCCAUCACGUACACGCUAUCGUAAUGUCCCUUAUGUCAUUGGUGUGCUACAUAUUCGGAGCAAAUGUGUUCUACAGUUAUGUAGCGCUCAUCAGCGAUAGAAGAUCAGAAUUGGCUCCCCACCUGAACCCACCGUUGAAAGCUGUUUAUAAGUACGCCCAGCAUCACAUUUUGUGGAACAAGCCGGAACUAUUUUUCGAGGACUGGGAGGCGCGGUACGGAUUGUGGAAAUGUUUCAGAAACAUAAGGCAGCACAAGAAGAACCGAACAGAGAAACUGGAGACUGGCAGUUGGUAGUCAAUUAAGAUAACCUUUGUUUUCGUUAUUCUUUCUU